CAAAACUUACCAUCUCUCUUAUUAUUAUCUACAAACAUUACGCUUUCGACAUUACUGAGCCUAGCAGUAUGCAGGACGCGUGUCAUGAACUUCGUAUAGACCUCGCUCACCGUGGAGUCUAUGUGGCUCGCAGAAUCUGAAGUUCUGAGGUUCGAUUCUUCAUUCUUCAUUCUUCUCGUGACAAAACGAAAAAACAUCUUUCUCAAAAAACCAUUUGUGAUAAGAUUGAUAAUGUUAAUAAUUCAUCGCAAAGACUUGUUUGUGCGUGAUUGCAUUCAGUGGAUCAUGGGACUGGGAAUGCCUUCAUCAAAAGUGGAGAAAGUCUACUGAUUUUAAGUUCUUUCAAGCGCAGUGAGAUGGAAGUGCUCCUUUGAGAGUUGAUUCUCUUGGUGAGGGCGUUUUGCUGUUCUUGUUGAAAAAGAGAAGAACUUAUCUUUUCAGUUGGGCAUUCUGGAAAAUCGACAUUCCUUUCUAGCGGGGUAUUACGAAGCAAAACAGGUAAAUGUCAGUGGUGACUUCUUGUAAAUGAACACCUGAAGAGUACUUGUUUCGUGGGAGAAUGCGAAAUCUUGUUCAUCGAUUAACAUUCUCUUGUGUUAGCUCACCUAUACGCAAGACUGUAUAAAGGCGUUUCAGCCGCUCUUCCAAUUUGAUACUUGCUAACUAGGUAGGAAGUAUAAAUAAUUCAGUACAAGAUAUCGAAAGUGAAGUAGAUUCAGAGUUCGAAAGCUGUCUAGGAGAGACCCGAAACUCCAACAGUUGCUUACUUCAAUCUUGUUAUUAUUAACUCCUGAAUCAGUUAUUUUCACUUUCAAUUCGGUCACUAGUCACACUCAAACGAGCUUAAUUUUAAUAACUUUAAAAUACAAUAGUAGUCUGAGAAAAUAUAGCACGAAGUAUGAAUCGCAUCUACAGCCAAAUGGGUGAAGUAGAAUCAAAUUUGAAGGACACCGAGAUGUUGGAACCGACCGAGAAUGUUCUACGUGUUGAGAUUACAGACAUUGAUAUCGUGUAUACUGGUUCUAACUGUGAACUGUUUCAAGUACAGAAGUGUAAAUGGUGUGCCAAGAAUUAUUGUUAUGAUACAGCAACUGAGCACGAUAAAGAAAAUUACUACGGUGCGCAAGUUGACACGGCGAGUGUUAAACACAGAAAGAGAUGUUCGCUGGCCAUUGAUUCUCCAAUGCCAGUUGUUCAAAAGCGAGGCUGCCUGAAUUCUACUAAGUAUGUUUUACUCAGAGCUGAACUGAAAGGUCUACAAGACAGAGGAGAAUUUGAGAAACAUGAGGAAUUGAUACAACUUCAAUUGUUGAAAAUGUCGGCCGAGGAUGUUGACAAGGAAGCAAGUCUCCGAAUUGAGCGCGCUAUGGCGUUAUAUUUUCAAAACAAUGUAAAAGAUGCUAAGAAAAUAUUGAAAAUGAUCCUUAAGCAAGAACAAUAUCUGAAAAACCCCGGUAUUCUGACUGGAAGAGCCUUAACCCUACUCACGGCGAUUUACAAACAUCAGGGAAAAUAUGGGAAUGCGAUGGAGUGCGUACAGAAGGCCGACACAGCUCUUGAAUAUCAAGACUCCCGUGACGAUAAAGCUGAACUUUAUCACAGCUAUGGAGCCUUGCUCAACUCUUUACCAACUACAAACCUUGCUCAGGAUACCAAAGCUACCAAGGAAGAAGCCUACAAAUCCUAUGAUAUGGCGUGCCAAUAUACAUCAAAUGAAGGAUUUAAGGAGUAUGUACACGUUAAAAUGGCUGCUAUGCUUUUAGUGUCCUGUUCUAAAGCAGUGGACAGCAACAACUCCCUCUAUAAAGAGGAUGUUGAGAGGGCAAAACUACACCUGGACUUCACUGAAUUCGGAGCAGCGGCAGACAACAUGGCACUAGGGACAAAAAUUAAACAUCUGCUAUUCAGGUCUGAUCAGCACUUCUUUGAGGAGAAUGUUGCUAUGGCUUUUGAGAAAGCUCAUGAAGCAAUGGUGCUCAUCCAAAGAAAUGGGUUCGAACUGGAACGCAUUUCGGCUGAAAAGCGGUUGAAUCACUUGUCCGAGAUACUAAAGCAACAAAAUGAGGAAUGGCGAGGUAAAGAACCACACCUGGGCGAUGAUUAUCUUGGUGACAGCGAGAGGUCCGAGAGUGAGAAUGCUCAGUUUGACUAAAGGUUUUCAACUUAGAAAUUAUGGCGGUUACCUUCAUGUAAUAAUGAAAGUAAUGAUAAUAAUAAAUAAUAAC